AGGUGAUCAUAAUAUUAUUAUUGCUGUUUUCUGUUCAUUUGUUUCAUAUCUGAAAAAUCAGCUGACUUUUUAGAUAACAAUAAAUAAUGUGACUUUCUAGUUUUGAUAUAACUAAGUUUUAAAGCUUAUCCUAUUUCUUUAAUAUCAUUCAGUGCAACCUUAAAAAUUGAUUGUGGAAAUUAAUUUUUUAGUAUCACUCUCCAGACAGGAAUCAUAUUUAUUUAUUAUGUAUGACAACCCAGGGACUCUCAAAGACUUGUGCAUUGACUAUGUCUGUAAUAAUAUUGAAAAGCUUUACAUGGCUGAACAAAUUAGCGAGACUGACUCACAUCCACAUGAAUUGGAUUAUAUGUUUAUCGACAAUAACAUAUUUCUACCAAUGGAAGUUUCAGAGGUUUUGUUAACUAAACUUAGUGAACGAAAUAAAUUAAAUGAUGAAACAUUAGCUCUGUUUAGUCACAAAAAUGUCUACUUAAGAAAUGUUAUACUUCCCCAAACAAAAUAUUUAACUACAAAAGGCUUAAGGACAUUGAAAAAGCAUAAAAUAAAAAAACUAAAAGCUCGAGGGUUAAAAUGUACAGUUAAUGAACUAGUUGGUUCAUUGGGAGAAUGGACAACACAAAAUUUAGAAUCCCUCUGUGUGUCAAAUAGUUCAUUUUUGAGUGAUUCAUAUGAAAUGAAAUUUUGUGUAACUGUUUCACUUUCUAAACUAAAGAAUUUACGUUCAUUAGAUGUGAGCAAUACUGAGUUUAGUACAAAUAAUUUAAUUGCUGUAGUUGAAGACCUUCCACAUUUGGAGUCAUUAGAUAUUUCUAAUACAAAAGUAGAUACAUUAUUACCAUUAGGAAAAAGAAAAAAUCAGUUGAAAAAAUUAAGUGUUUACAACUUGAAGGAAGCCACUAUGCAUUUAAUUGCUUUCAGUCCAUUAAAAUGUAUGACAUCAUUAACUCAUUUAGAUUUAUCUACUGAAAAAUAUUCUGCACAUCCAUUUGAACCAUUUAGCUGCGACACACCUUGGAUCCAAUUUUUAACUGAUCCUGAUUGGUUACCUGAUUUAGUUUCUUUAGACAUAUCAGGGAGUGACAAUGUUGGACAUAAAAUAAUGCAAAGUUUUCUUGCUUCUCACAAAAAAUUAAAAUUUUUAGGUUUGAUGCAUAUGGAUGAUUGUGGAUUAGCUAUGUUUACAAUGCCUUCACAUCCAUUUUAUAACCCAGAUUUAGUGGUCACUGGUGUGGUAACACAAGAACAAUUAUUAACUGGUUUAAGACGGUACACUAAAAGACCAACUUAUAUUCAAAAAUGUCUUUAUCAUUUAUUUAAGUGGACUGAAAAAUAUGACUCACCUAAAGUUGAAAUUAUUGAAUUGAUUUUAAAUGCAAUGAACAGUUUGUAUGACAAUUUUCCUGUACAGAUGGCUGCUACUGCGUGUCUUUAUAAUUUGACUAAAAGUGAUUUGGCAUCAAAAAUUCAUCCUAAUGUAUUAGCCAUGGUAGUUGAAGCUACAUUAGAUGCUAUGGAACGUUAUCCUAAUCACAAUCAAUUACAAAAAAAUACUCUUUUAACAUUAUGUAGUGAUCGUAUCUUACAGGAUGUUAAAAUGGACAAGUUCAGGUGUGCUAAGUUAGUUUUAGACUCAUUGCAUACUUUUAAUGAUGUUGUCAUGAAUCGUAUGAGUGUUGCUAUAUGUAGUAUUUUAGCUGCCAAAAUAUCAACAUCUGAAACGUCUCAGCUAGGAUCCAAUCCCAGAUAUAUGUCAAAAUUAUUAUCUAUUGUUAGGGAGAAAUUGUCAACUAAAACAGUAGAUGUAACUAUGAAGUUUACACUUAGUGCUCUUUGGAAUUUAACUGAUGAAUCACCAACAACUUGCAAAGUCUUUAUCAACGAAGGUGGUCUCCAAUUGUACAUGGAAAUACUUAAUACAUUUAUUGAUGAUAGUACUGUUGAAACUAAAGUACUUGGUUUAGUUAAUAAUAUUGCUGAAGUUAAACACUUGAGAGCAAUGUUAUUUGUGAAUGACAUUAUUCCUACUCUAAGACGCCUUUUACGAUCUCAACAAAUUGAUGUAAGCUAUUUUGCUGCUGGUAUUAUUGCACAUUUAGCCUGUGAACAUGGUUGGGAAAAAUACACAAUGAAUGGAAAAAUUGAAAUUUUAGAAGAACUACGACUUGCUGUGCAACAAUGGGUUCCACCUGAAGGUGAAAUGGUUGCUUACAGAUCAUUUCAACCUUUCAUUAGUUUACUAAAUUCAAAUGAUAUGCCACAAGUUCAAUUAUGGGCAGCGUGGGCUAUUCUUCACGUUUGUACCAAAAAUGCCAAAAAGUAUUGUGCUAUGCUUGAAAAAGAAAAUGGAGUUGGUAUACUUCAAAAUAUAACUUUGAACAAAUCUGUGGAUAAUGAAGUUUAUCAAUUAUGUUGUCGUGUAUUAAACUUGAUGUAUGAGUACAGGAGAAGUACAAAUUCAGUUUUUUCCAAUGAGACAUUUAUUAAAUAAUUGAACCUUCUAUUUCUUUAAAAUUAAGUUCUUUUUAAACUAUUUAUCAAUUGUCUGUCAUGUAUUUAAUGUAAAUUUAAACAAAUUAUGAUUAGUAAAAUCUACAUGUAAAUAAUUGAUGUAAUUUAUACACUAUACAAAAGUUUUAAUCUUUAAUUUGAGUUAAGUAGUGUUAAAUAGUUUUAAAACUUCAAACAGAUUCAUAUGGAAUUUUAAAUAUAAAUU